AUGGCGAUCCCAAAACCCCAAAUGUCCAAGGAGGAGUUGGAGGACAUAAUCCUGCAGAAAAUCUUUCUUGUAUCACUCACCGAGCCCUCCGAACCCGAUUCUCGAAUCGUCUACUUGGAGAUGACGGCUGCAGAGAUUCUCAGCGUAGGCAUGGAGAUGAGGCUCAGUAUAGACCUCAUGGAGUCGAUCCUAAUCGAUCGGUUUAUGGGUAAUUUCGGCUCUGUCGAACCACCUUUUCAGUACCUAGUUGGCUGCUACAAACGUGCCGAUGAUGAGUGUAAGAAGAUUACUUCUGUGAAAAAUAAGGAUUUGAGGUCUUAUAUGGAAUCUAUUAUUAGGCAAGCCAAGAAGCUGUCGGUAUCGUAUGGUAGGAUUCACUUGGGGAACCCGGAAGCGUUUCCUAGUCCAGGUGGGAAUUCAAAUAACUCAAUAACUGCGUCCCCUUUGUUGCCGUUGAUUUUCUCAGAGGUUGCAAGUUCAGUGGAUGGAUUUGGAGGAAGCAGUAGUAGCCCACCUGGGUUUUUGGAUGAGUUCUUUCGUGACUCGGAUUUUGAUAUGUUGGACCCCAUUUUGAAGGGUUUAUAUGAAGAACUUAUGGAGACUGUGCAAAAUGUUUCGGCACUUGGAAACUUUCAGCAGCCAUUGAGGGCUCUGUUGUUUUUGGUUAGUUUCCCAGCUGGUGCCAAGUCUCUUGUGAAUCACCCAAGGUGGAUUCCCAAAGGAGUCUUGAAUGGCCGUGGUAUUGAAAAGACAAGUAUUUUAGGUCCUUUCUUUCAUGUCAGUGCCCUGUCUGACCAUCCUUUUUCUGUUAGUGAGUUCUUUUCAGAAGGUUCUAACACAGCUGAUAAAUCUUCGUACGUGACGAUUAAGACAGUGAUGAACAUUUUAUAUGAUGGCCUCGCACAAGUUCUCCUCACGCUACUGAAAAAUCCAGACACCAGCGAGAAAGUUCUCGAGUAUCUUGCUGUGGUUAUCAACAAGAACUCAUCAAGAGCUCAUAUGCAAGUGGAUCCUCUUUCCUGCGCAAGUUCGGGGAUGUUUGUCAAUCUCAGUGCGGUCAUGCUUCGGCUUUGCGGGCCGCUUUUAGAUGCAAACUUAACCAAAAUAGACAAAAUUUAUCCGAAAUAUGUGUUCUCAGGUAACCGUCUGGAGUUGAGAGGUUUGACAGCUCUACAUGCUACAUCUGAGGAAGUUACUGAAUGGAUUAGUAAAGAUAACAUGAGCGCUCAAUAUUCUUUUAAUUGUGAGUGCUUCUUCAUGACUGCGAGGGUGCUCAAUCUGGGUUUAUUGAAAGCAUUUUCUGACCAUAAACAUUUAGAAGAGAACAUUCGCAGGUUUAAAGAAGCACUUAAUGCCAUGAAAAACCUGGGUUCUCCACAGUUGAACACUAACAUAGCUCAGCUCGAGAAAGAAAUAAAGUUGUUAGAACAGGAAAGGCAUUGCUACGAAGCUCAGAUAGUAAGCGAUGAACCACUUGUACAGCAGGCGAUUUCUUUCUACCGGUUGAUGGUGGUGUGGCUAGGCCGCUUGGUUGGUGGAUUUAAAAUGCCUCUGCCAUCAACGUGCCCCGUAGAAUUUGCAUCUAUGCCAGAGCAUUUUGUGGAAGAUGCCAUGGAGUUGCUUUUAUUUGCUUCCCGGAUUCCAAGAGCAUUUAAUGGGAUCUUGUUGGAUGAUUUUAUGAACUUUAUAAUAAUGUUCAUGGCAAGUCCGGAAUAUAUCAGGAACCCUUAUCUAAGAUCAAAGCUGGUUGAAGUCCUCAACUGCUUGAUGCCGGGUGGAAAUCGACCAUCUGCUGCUCCUCCUACUCUGUUCGAAGGGCACAAACUGUCUCUUGAGUAUCUUGUAAGGAAUCUCUUGAAACUAUAUGUGGAUGUUGAGUUGACUGGCUCUCACACACAGUUGUAUGACAAGUUUAACAUCCGGCACAAAAUUGCUAAGCUUCUCGAGUAUCUGUGGCAAGUACCUAGUCAUCGAAAUGCUUGGAAAAAGGUUGCUAAGGAAGAGGAGAAGGGCGUAUAUUUGAAUUACUUAAACUUCUUGAUCAAUGACAGUAUAUAUCUUCUGGAUAACAGUUUUAAAACGAUUCUUGAACACAAACAACUGGAAGCCGAGAUGUCAAACAAUGCAGACUGGAAGCGUCGACCUGCUCGAGAGAGGAAGGAGAAAGCUCGCCUCUUCCACUCUCAGGAAAAGAUUAUCCAAACUCAUUUGACGUUCGCAAAUGAAGAUCUGAAUACGCUGGCAUUUACUUCAGAACAGAUUACAGCUCCUUUCCUACUCCCAGAGAUGGUUGAAAGGGUGGCAAGCGUGCUGAAUUAUUUUUUGUUGCAAUUGGUAGGUCCUAAAAGAAAAUCUCUUAAUUUGAAAGACCCCGAGAAAUGUAAGUUUCACCCAGAGCAAUUGAUCAAGCAGAUUGUCUACAUAUAUGUUCAUCUGGCAAGAGGCGAUACAGACAAUACUUUUGCAGCUGCCAUCUCGAAAGAUGGUAGGUCUUCCAAUGACCAAUUGUUUAGUGCUGCCGCGGAUGUCUUGAGGAAAAUUGGUGAAGAUGGGAGGGUCAUACAAGAGUUUGUUGAGCUUGGUUCCAAAGCUGAGGUUGCUGCUUCGGAGGCCUUGGACGCUGAAGCUGCACUUGGAGAUAUACCAGAUGAGUUCCUAGACCCAAUUCAGUACACUUUAAUGAAGGAUCCAGUUAUCCUACCUUCUUCAAGAAUCACAAUAGACCGGCCAGUCAUUCAGAGGCAUCUUCUUAGUGAUAAUACUGAUCCAUUCAAUCGUUCCCAUCUUACUGCGGACAUGUUGAUACCAGACAACGAAUUGAAAGCAAAAAUACAAGAGUUCAUUAGGUAAAAGAAUCGAAGAGUGGGAAAAGCCUAAGCAUGCAGAGCAGCAAGACUACAAUACCAAUU